AUGGUCAUGGACAAAGUGACUCAAUAUUUACGUGUGUUUAACCACUUUGAUGAAAAUGGAGAUGGAAAGAUAUCACCGUCGGAGCUACGGGGAUGCGUGGAGGCGAUCGGAGGCGAGAUGUCGAGCGAUGAGGCUGAAGUGGCGGUGGAGCUUCUCGACUCGGACGGGGAUGGACUGGUAGGGUUGGAUGAUUUUGUGAGAUUUGUUGAGGGAGGAAAAGAGGAAGAGAAAGUGAAGGAUUUAAGAGAGGCUUUUAAGAUGUAUGAAAUGGAAGGGUGUGGUUUUAUUACACCAAAGAGUUUGAAGAGAAUGCUUGGAAAAUUGGGUGAGUGUAGGAGUGUAGAUGAGUGUAAAGCUAUGAUUGCUAAAUUUGAUAUUGAUGGAGAUGGAAUGCUUAGUUUUGAUGAAUUUAGGGUAAUGAUGUUUUAA